CAGCUUUACGAGCAUCACGACAUUUCUUAAAUCCUAUUUCUUUGCCUUUCAAAACUUGUUAUCAUGUGGUGUUUGAUUAAGAUGGUUUCAUCCGAUAGUUGAAUGCGUUUUAGUUCCAAGAGGCCUAGUAUUCAUCAUGUCCGGAGAUCAAGAAGGUGGAGCGUACAUUCGUGCAAGCACAAUACACAAGCGCGUCCAGCUAGGAGAAGGAACGACUUUCCUUCCUGGCACCAAAGAUCCAUCCAUCGACCACCUAAUAACCCACGUCCUCGAACACGGCUACGUAAUCCUCCCCCGAAUCUUCACACCCCAACAAGUCUCCCUCGCCAACUCAGAACUCGCUCGUCUCUCCUCCAUCCCAUCUGGUCCAGCUUCAGCCGGCGGCCGUAAUUCCUUCGAAGGAUUCAGCACCAAGCGAAUAUAUUCACUAUGCGACAAGAGCCGCGCCUUCGACUGUUUCCCGAUCCAUGAGACGGUGUUGAAACUCAAUGAUUAUUUCCUCCAGCCGGCAUAUCUGUUGACAAGUUUUCACACGGUGGUUAUUGAGUCGGGGGAGAAGCAACAGGAGAUUCAUACAGAUGAUGGACUGAUUGCGUUGCCGAGGCCGAGGCCGUUGAUGGGGAUUGGAACAAUGAUCGCCCUCGACGAUUUCACCCCCACCAACGGCGCCACAACCCUCAUCCCAGGCUCCCACCUCUGGCCCGACACCCGUCGCCCAACCCGCUCCGAGAUGAUCCCCGCCAUCAUGCCCUCCGGCUCCAUGGUCUACUUCCUCAACACACUGUGGCACUCCGGCGGAGCCAACACAUCACCUUCCCCCCGCCGGAGCAUGACAGUCCAGUACUGCCAGCCGUGGAUCCGCACGUUUGAGAAUUUCACGGUGGCGCAGGGAUGGGAGGAUUUGGAUGCGUUGCCAAAGAGGUUGUUGCAGUUGAUGGGCUUUAGUACGCAUGAUUUUAUGGGGUAUGUGGAUGGGAGGAGUCCGAGGGCGGGGGUGGAGAUGAGGAAGAGGAGGUUGUUGGAGUGGGGGGCGAGGGAGAGGGGGAAAGGGGAUGGAGGGGAUGAGGGGAAGGAGGAAGAUGAGAGAGAGAAGUCAAAGCUGUAG